AUGAUGUGGCUCUACAGCAUGGUAGUUUGUACAGCCACGCUCCCUUGCUUCACCCAUCGAGUUCAGCCGACUACACUAGAGGCAAUCUACACUUUUUGCAUCUCCGUGGCGAUGCUGGCCUGGGUUUUCGCUUCGCCGCACUACGCUGGCCGCCUCAUGGGCUACGACACGAUGAAGUAUCUGGAGCCUCGGCAGCUCACCGACACGUUUAUCAUCCUCGGGCUGGACGCGCUGGUCACUUCGUCGCACAUCGUGCUCCCCAUCCGCUUCCAUCUCAUGCUGUGCGUUCAGGUAUUUAGCAUUUUCUGCUACGCCCUGCCGGCCGCGAUCCUUGGCUGCCCCCACCCCGCGAACUUCCCGCACACGUUGUUGGCCUUUUCGAUACUGAUAUUCGUGACUGGCCUUGGGAAGCUGAGCCUGGACAGGGAUGAGAGGAUACAGUACGUGGCGCUGAUCCGGGAGAAGUGCUUGAGAGUCGAGUCGGAAUUACAGCUGGCCACGUACAAGGACAUGCACAAGGCGCAGAAAGUGACGCAGAAAACGUCCGACGACGUGGAGUCGGUUACCAAGACGCUGUCCGGGACGUCGACACGAGGCUUCGGGCUGGGCAGCGACAGGUUAACCUUCAAGGCGCUCGUCGAGCUGGGUUUGAAGGAGCAGUGGCUCAUCGAUGAACACGAGGUGCAGCUGCCUAACGCAAGUCCGCUGGGCGAAGGGAGCUUCGGAAUCGUUGUGCAGGGCAGGUACCAUGGAGCCAAUGUCGCACUGAAGGCGCCAAAGACGAUUGUGCAGGGUGGAACGCAAGAAGUCUUCCUUGAGGCCUCUUGCAACGAACUGAGGAUAUUGAGACGCCUCCGGCACCCCAACAUCGUGGCGCUGUAUGGAGCGGUGCUAACUUCAGGAACGGGUGGCGUCCAGGUGUGCCUUGUCCUUGAGCUGAUCAAGGGGGAAUCCCUGAAGCUGUUCAUGACGCGCAUCGUGAACAGGGGGGAGCUCGCCGACCCAAGCUCUAUACCGCCGCGCAUUCGAAUCCUCAGGCACGUUGCCGCGGCGCUGCGCUACCUCCACUCGAGACAGCCCGUCGUCGUGCACGGCGACAUCAAGAACACCAACAUCUUCGUCGAGCAGCCGUCCGACCACUCCGUGCAGGCGAAGCUCCUCGACUUUGGCCUCUCCCGCCUCGUCAAGGGAGGCGCCCACCCCAUGGGCGGCACCCUGCGGUGGGCGGCGCCCGAGGUCCUGUCGGGCCGCCAGGCCCCGGCCGCCGCGACGGACAUGUUCUCCUUCGGCCGCCUCGCCUUCUACGUGUCCACCGGCCAGCUGCCCUUCUCGGAGGUGCCGGACAGCAGGCAGCUGCGCAAGUUUCUGCUGCGCUCCCCGUGCAUGCGCUGGCCGCGCGCCUUCGACGCUGGCCUCCUGAACCGCUGCCGGCCCCUCGCGGAGGAGUGCACGCGCCCGAGGCCCGAGCUCAGGCCCAGCGUCAGGGAGGUGUUCCCGAUCCUCCUGGGCAUGGAGGGCCAGGCCGGCCAGGCCAAGCCCUGGGGCGGCUCGUCGGGCGAUGUCGCGGCACCGGCGCAGCCGCAGGUGCACGGGUCACCCAUCUUUAAUAUCUUCGCCUUCGAGUCGGAGCUCUCGUUCUCAUGCAUCAGCCUGAAGGGCGCCUCGUCCGAGCAGCUCGCCGCGGUGCCCGAGGCCACCGCCGUGAAUCCCUCCAGCGCCUCGGACACUCCGCCUGGGCAGGUCCAGCGGCUGGCUCACGGCUCGUACCACCCCACGCCUCACGAGACGCUGAUGAAGGCCGUCAGCCUCGUGCUGAUGCAGUCCAACCACCGCGUCGACGCCGGCGGGGAGUGCUGCUGGCUGCACUCUGGGCUCAGGAGGCUGAGGGCCGUGUGCAGCGAGAUACAGGAGAUGCCGUGCGACGGGUGGAACGUGCCCGUCGUUGGUCAGUGCAAAUGUUGUCGUCUCCUGUGCAUCGACGGCGUUUCAAACGCGGGCCUCUGCAACUUCUGUGGGGAGUGCAUAGCAGAUCCUGGGGCUGUCCAGCCUUGCCAUUCCUGA